AUGGCGGGGUUUAAUCCGAUUGUAUUAAUUUUUUUUGGAAUUUUCACACUAUCAACCGCUAUUUUAUACGAUCAAGUUCUCAGUGAUACACUUGAAGAUGCAGUCAACGACAAUGAAUUUGCAAUCACUGUAAAACACUUGAAAUUUAAGAAGAAUGAACUCGGUACAGAGACACUAUUUGCUGCCAAGUAUCCAGAUCCAAAAACUAAAUUUAUUUUUAUGCUUGAUCGACGUACCAACACAAUACUCCUGGAAACUGUGGAAGAAAGCAAAAAAGAAAGUCAAGAAUUUCAAGUGGGCAGCUUGAAUGUAACGCAUCCCAUUAAAAAUAUAAUAUUUUUAGUCCAUCAAAAUAAACCAAACUCUCGGGUUGACGUGUAUAUUAAUUGUAACAAUCAAGGCGCCAUUCCGUUGAGAAAAACACUGAGAGAAGCCGCUGAUGAACAAACAAUUUCUGUGUUUCGAGUGUAUAAAGAUAGAAAGUAUCAUACAAAAAUAUACAAAAGUUCAGAAAUUUCCGAGUUGUGGGAAAGAGAAGGCUGCCGUACAAACCUUGAAGACAUUGAAGACAUUGAGUACCAAGCGAAUCACAGUACUACCGUUUCACGUGUUCGUCGACGGGGAGACAUCGGGAUUCAUACCAUCGAUGAUUUAAAUUGCAUUGGAGAUGGAACCUUGAUAAAAACUUUGAAUGAACUGAUAGAAGUUACAAAAAAAAUUUGGAGUGAAGUUGAAAAAAAUACUCACGAAACUCGGUACAUAAGAAAAUUAAUUGAAGAAUGUGCAGCUUGUCGUCCAGUUACGACACCUCCGACCCCACCGCGACCAUCAUGUAGAUACCAAAGUCCAUGCUACUCAGCAAGCUACUGUCGGGAUACUGAAAGAGGUCCUGAAUGUACUGGAUGUCCUCCAGGAUUCACCGGAGAUGGUCGACGGUGUCAAAAAAUAAAAACAUGUCAAGAUAAUCCUUGUUUCCCAGAGGUUCGCUGUCAAGACACAAGAAAUGGAUACAGGUGUCACUCAUGUCCUCCUGGAUACACUGGAUCUGGAGAGAACUGUCAUCAAAUUCGAGGGUGCCAGUCUAACCCUUGCCAUUCCGGAGUAAAAUGUCAUUCGAUUCACGAGUAUCCUUACUACAGAUGUGGCGAAUGUCCCCAAGGGUACACCGGUAACGGGACAAACUGCCAGGACAUUGACGAGUGUGAUCUCAAUAUAGGAGCAUGCCCCGCAGGAACUGAGUGUAUCAACAUCACCCCAGGAUACAGAUGUCAACCGUGUCCUCCGGGAUUUACCAGUACUGCUACCGAGGCUGUUGAAAUCGACUUCACUAGAAGGAACAAGCAGAUCUGCCAGGACAUUAACGAGUGUGAUGAUGGACGUAACGGAGGCUGCGUACCCAAUUCCGAGUGCAUAAACACCCAGGGAUCAUUUAAAUGUGGAUUAUGUAGAGCUGGAUUUUUUGGCAAUCAAACAGUUGGAUGUCGUCCAGCAAGGAAUAUUUGUCCUGAUAGAAUAACUGUUUGCGAUGACAAUGCUGAUUGUAUUUGCAUCGCUGUUAAUCAAUACAUUUGUCAGUGUCAUAUAGGGUGGGCUGGUAACGGAGCAAAGUGUGGAACUGAUUCUGACAGCGAUGGACAUCCAGAUGAAGCUUUAAACGUUGGUAAUCAUAAAAAAAUUCCGGCAGAUAAUUGUGUUAAUGUACCAAACAGUGGUCAAGAGGACUCUGACAACGACGGGAUUGGUGAUUCUUGCGAUCUUGACUCUGACAAUGACGGAGUGUUGGAUACUACUGACAACUGUCCGCUUCAUUAUAAUCCCAAGCAAGAAGAUACAGAUCGUGAUGGAGUUGACGGAAUUGGUGACGCCUGUGACAAUUGCCCAGCAAUAUCAAAUGUUGAUCAGAAGGACGUCGAUGGUGAUACUAUCGGAGACGCUUGUGAUAACGAUAAGGACAAUGAUGGAAUAUUGAAUGAACUUGACAACUGUCCAAUGAAGAAAAAUGAGGACCAGCGUGAUACUGACGGGGACGGUGUUGGAGACGCUUGUGAUAAUUGUCCAAUGAUUCCUAAUCCAGAUCAAGAAGACAAAGACAGAGAUAGAGUAGGAGACGCUUGUGAUGACGGACAUGAUAGAGACAAAGAUGGUAUUCAAGAUAAUCUUGACAAUUGCCCAGAUGUUGCCAACUCUGAGCAAACUGACUCGGAUUAUGAUGGAAUUGGUGACCAGUGUGAUGAUGAUAUUGACGGUGACAAUAUACCUAAUGAGAUUGACAACUGUGUAUUUGUUUACAAUCCGUUGCAAAAAAAUUCACGAGGAGGUAUAUUUGGAGAUGCCUGUUUCAAUGAUAAUGACAAUGAUACUAUUGCUAAUCCACAUGACAAUUGUCCAAAUAAUAGUCAAGUGUGGACAACAGAUUUUACAAAAUAUGAAAUAAUAGCUUUAGAUCCUGUAGGGGAUGCUCAAAUAGAUCCUCAUUGGCAGAUUCAUAACAAAGGAGCUGAAAUUGUACAAACCCAAAAUAGUGAUCCUGGAAUAGCUGUCGGAUACGAUAGUUUCACUGGAGUUGACUUUGAGGGAACUUUCUAUAUAAAUACCGACAUUGAUGACGACUAUGUUGGAUUUGUUUUUUCAUAUCAAAGUAAUAAAAGAUUUUACUCAGUUAUGUGGAAAAAAAAUACACAAACUUACUGGCGAGCAAAUCCAUUCCGAGCAGUUGCUGAACCGGGAAUUCAAUUAAAACUUAUUGAUUCAGAAUCAGGCCCUGGUAAAAGACUAAGAAACAGUUUAUGGCACACGGGAGAUACUGAUAAUCAAGUUAAACUACUGUGGAAGGAUCCUAGAAAUGUUGGUUGGACAGAAAAAACUCCCUACAGAUGGCAAUUAUUACACAGACCAAGUAUUGGAUUGAUAAGACUGUGGAUUUUUGAAGGGCCUCGUUUGAUUGUCGACUCUGGUAACAUAUUCAACUCGGUACUCAAGGGUGGACGUCUUGGUGUAUUUUGUUUCUCUCAAGAAAUGAUUAUCUGGUCUGAUUUGCUUUACAAGUGUAAAGACAGUGUACCUGAAGCCGUCUGGCGCGAAUUGCCCUCAAAUUUACAAUCUAAAAUAAACAUUGACCCAAGUAGUUCCAAAAUAUCGAGGCUCCAACGGCCUCUAUAA